CAAUUUAGGGCCAAAAGCUGACUUUGCUAACGCUUCGAAUGAGGUGUUUGAAUCAGAGGGUGAAGGUUUUUUUCAUGAGCCUGUAGUGUCUGGUAGAGAUGGGAUGCAACAUUUUCCAAUCGAUAAUUCUAAUUUCCCUGAUCCCGUGCCGACCAAAUCGUCAAAUGUAAAGAAAGUUUUUAAAUGCGACGUUUGCCCCAUGGAAUUCACCGCGAAAGGAACCCUUGAAAAACACAAAAUGAAGCACGCCCAUCCUUUAAAAUGGAUUGAAUGCCAAUAUUGUGAACAUAAGACAGUUUAUGCUGGAAAUAUGAUACGUCAUUUAAGGAUUCAUGGAAGUGCUGGUGAAAAGCAGCAAUUCAAAUGCGACGUUUGUUCUAAGAAUUUUUCCCGGAAAGAUCAUCUCAAAUUCCACAAAUUAGGUCACAUGACUCCUCAAGCUUGCCCUUUUUGUGAUCAAUAUCAAACACCUUAUCCGAUUCGACUGACGCAUCACAUUCGAAUGACCCACAACAAGUAAAUUUCAGAACCGCAGUUCUGCGUUCGUGAGAAGGUGCAUAGCGAGAAGUGAUCAAGAUUUCAAAUAAUGGUUUAUGAUGCUUCAUAAAUGACACAUCCGCUAGGAGAUACAAUGCAAUCUCUCAUC